GGGUUGUGCACUCUUAUAUCGAGCCGCAAGCAGAGACAGAGUUCUCGCAGCGCCAGUGUGGCGAGUAGUAGUCGUAGUAGUAGCAGCAAGUACGAGGAGGGAGUCUAUGAAAACGUCAGAAUCGAAAUGGACAAAAUCGAAAAAUUUGUGAUGCACAAAAUCGAUGUGGUCAGUUGGAGUCUCAGUUCCCAACUGGCGCAUGACAAAUUUCGGGAGCACCCAAAUCCAGUCUGUCGUGCUGUUUGGGCAAAGAAGACUGCUCCUGUCGUGUUACUCUGGUGGCAGCACAUCGCGCACCCCUCAACAGGCUUACAAUUGGUCUUAUUUGCCUGCUUCCCAAUACAGGCCGCCAGUGCCUUACAUUUUAUGCAUCACAAAUUUUUCGAUUUUGUCCAUUUCGAUCCUGACACAUCCAUACAGUCGCUUCGCUCGCAGAGACGUUUCGCGAAAUCGCGAAGGAAAUGGCCUUGGCCAUAUGCAUUGGAAAUUAAUAUGUCCUCUGGGUCUCCCGGAAAGAUUGGAACUUGUGAUGCGUAUUUCACGACACACAAACUUUUCAUGCAUAGGCACCAAAAGUACAAGUGCCCCACUUCGCGGCAUCGAAAUAGAGAAUUAAUGAUGCGGAUUACGCAUAAUUUUGCGGAACCGUCUCAAAGCCUGUUAAAAAGAGGCCAGGGCUUCCAGCAUGCCAGACGUUCCGAGUGAGUCAUGGAAAAACAGCAUGACAGAAAUGAAAUCUGCAAUCUUCCACACCCCGACUCAGACAUACUUAUUUGCAUUUGAUAGGCCACGACCCCGGACGGCGGGCCCGCCAAAGACCGAAGAACCGUUCUGGUCGCGUUCAGUGACGGAAGCAGUAAUAGUGAACAAGAUAGCAGCGACGGGAGCAGUGACAGAAGCCGUGACAGAAGACAGGACCACACUGGUGCGGUCGCGUCGUACGCAGUGUACGCCCAAUCGUACGAGAUCAAACGAUAUGCAUUGCAAAUAUGUUUGGAUCUUCUGGAAGGAUGCAGCUUGUCAUGCUAGAUCUGGAUCAUGCAAGAAUUUGUGUUGCACGAUUACCAAACGCGGUGCACUUUUGACCAAGUCGAGAGGGAGUUUCGCAUGUAGGAUAGGCAUCCAUGAUACAGAUCUCAGAGAACCUGUCCUCGUGCUCGGUCCUGCAUUCCAGAGCCCAUGGAAAUGGGCCACCACGUUAAACCUGCAUGACAAGUCUCUUCAUCUUCCAGACCCAGACAUUCUUGCAAUCCAUAAAAGAGUGCGGGACGAUUACAAGCGCAAGCCUGAGGGCUUGAGCGGGUAUGUGCUCGAUCUGGAAAGCACGGAGUGCGCCUGCAGGCCCUGUAAGUUCGUCGUUUCGCUGGCUACAAGCAAGGCGGUCAAUGAUGAUGCAAGGUUGGGCAGCACGUCCACGUUCGUGACGGCUCAAAAAACUCACUCCCUGGCCGAGCUGCUGACGCGCACCGAAACGGCCCUCGUUGAAAGUUUCCGCUUCGACAACCCCAGUGAGAAGGUUGCGAGUACGUUGGCGGCCCAGUACCAGCUUGCAAAGCUCUUCCGGGAGAUGUUUUUCCAGGAUAACCGCUGGCGGCACGAGGUGCUUUAUAACACCAAGCUAUCGACCGGGCAGAAGGAGUUUAGUAAGGCGGUGAAAGAUUUUCACCCGAAGCUGCUGCUCGACGCCGGUUUCUCUUCGAUGAACAUGAAGCAGGCAGAUUUCGUUUCCAUCCGAGAGUUUUUUCUGCCGUCUCACGUAGACUUUGGCCGCAGCACGACGGACCCCUCUCGGUCCCGCUCCCGUUCCGCGUCAUCAGAAUCUGUGCGGAGCAGUGCGCGCGAGACGAAACCCGACCAGGGGCCCUCCACGUCGUACCCGGCGAUAUUCAAACGACGACAGGAGGGAAGCUCGUUGGAGCUCUCGUCCGUGGCCGAGCUCCGGGGAGUGGCGCUUGCGGUCGCAGUCUUCGCUCGUCACGUCCGUGGUAGGGGGACAUCCACGUUGAUGGAGGGGCUGCCUCUCGACCACAUCGUUUUCGCUUGCGACAACAAGCUGGCGCUCGAAGAAAUUCGGUUUGGGUGGCGCAACGCUGCCAAGCGUUCUUCGGGACCGAUGAAGCCCGCCUUCGCCGUGCCCCACGAGUUGGUGCAGCAGGUUGUCGAGCACUUGGCGUUCCUGGCCCAGGAACACGGCGAUGCUUUUUACCGUUUCGCCUGGCAGCGCGCGGGGCACGAGCGAAAGCACCUUAGCUCCGAAGAGAAGUUUUUUUACGCCUCAGCGCAGCGGGUCGCCGACGCGGGCGCGCGGCUUUUCCGGAAAGCGGUUGAAAGCCCCGAGUGGGCUUUGGCGGUGCCUGAACGGAGCAGAGACAAUUUGGGAGUCGCCAACGCAUUCCGAGAAACAUUUUUGUGCAUGAGCGAGGACCGGCUCCAGACCGGCAUCGUCGCCGGCCUGGCUUUUUUCAAACGCAACAGCGGCCAAAAAGCGAUGGGUACUACGAAUUUGUUCACGCUGGGAGCAGGGGUGGAUCCGGACCCCGUCGCAGCUGCAGAGCUUUGCGUCGGCUCCUGUGUGUCAGGCUCUCGUGUGGCGCUCGCCACACUAAGUUCUUUUGGAGACGCAUGUCGCGACGGACGGCCGGCGACCUGGUUUCAGGAGGAGUUAGGCAAGCCCGCGACGGCGGCCGCCUUUCCGCACUCUUUGUCGACGAUCCAGAGUGAGGUGGGCGCCCCGUCGUCCUCUGUUGAUGUGGGAAACCUCUGCGACGUAGCGGAUGCGGAGCCGGUUUUGCGCAGGAAUAGGGGGGACCCUGAAAUCACGAUCGCACGGGCACGCGACCCGAGGGGGCGAUCGGCUACGCGCCCCGGAGGAGCCCCCCGCGCCACCGGGUUGCCCAGGCACCGUCUCGGACCGGUGCCGGAAAACGUCCAAACUUGGCCGCUAUCAAAUGUAAAAAUGCCUGGGUCUGGAAACUUGUGAUGCUGGGCGGCGUCUCGUGAUGAGCAUGAGGCCACAAAUGCUGGCUCAGCAUGACAAGUUUCUGAUUCUGAGCUUCUAGCUUUUGCCUAUUCUGCAUGACAAACUGCGGUGCUGCAUCACAGAAAAUAAAUGGAGCUCUUGUAAUAUAACGUGCAUGACAGAUUUGUAGAGUUAUGCCAGGCAAGCAUGACAAACAUACAUCCUUCCAGACCCAGACACUUUUGCACUUGAUAGCCGCAGGUAGUAGGCUACACGCCACAACCUCCACUGUCCCAGUUCUUAGUACCCGUAGUGUAUCCGGUAUGGAGAGAAAAAAGUUUGUCACAGUCACUAACUUGCAGGUUUUGCAUGACAAAUUUUCUCAGCAUCACAAACUUUCCUUGUAUUGCAGAAACACUAGGGAAAUCCGUAAUGAAGUCUUGCUGUGAUGCAUUUUUACGCAUGACAAACAAUUUUGUAUUGCAAGAAUGCGCAUGAGUGAUCGUGACGAACUUUUUUUCUUUGAUAUCCGGAUGGGUCGAUGUACACCGGGUUCUUCUGGGAUGUAUAA